GCUAUCUACCAAUAUUCAUUUCAAUCUGCGGAAUUAAUUAUCACAAAACAAAAACUUUUCCAACGGCGAGGAGCGCCUUGUUUAACAAAAAGGAUCGAUACUUCUGAUCCUGUAAACAUUUCAUUCACACAUCAUCAUCAAUGGCAGACACAAUUAUCUCUACUCAAAAAAUUAUAACUUGCUUAGCAUCAGGAGCAGCUGUUAGAUGCAAGAACAAUAAUAUUAAUAAUAAUGCUUCAAAGGUUGAUCAGUUUCCAAGCACUCACCGUCUUCGGUUCAGCUCUGUAGCUAAGCAGAGUCGCUUCUCUUUUCUGGAUCAGAAGAAAAAUGAAGGCACUAGAAAGAAAAAAUUGGCGAUCUGUGCUUUACCACCAGAAACCCCGGUUCCGAUUGAUGUAACUUCACACGGCCAGUUGUGGGAUUUCAUCACAAACUCCUCACUCUCUGAUUGGCAAGUUUGGGUUGGUGGAUCUGCAGUUACAGUACUUCUAUCCUUUGCCACCAAGGGCAAAUGGGGACCUUUGUUACAAUUGCAAGACAAACUUCAAACAACAAUAGAUCAAGCAGAAAAGGUUGUAGAUAUGGUGGAAGAUGUGGCUGAGAGAGUGGAAAAAGUGGCAGAAGAAGCAGCCAAUAAUCUUCCUGAGGGAAAGCUUCAGGAUGCUGCUGAGUAUAUUGAAAAUUUGGCUGAGAAAAUAGACAAGAGUGCUGAAAUGGCGGAGGCUGCAUUAGAAAAGAUAGAAGACAUUAGUGAGCAGCUGGAAUCCUUCGUUGAGUCAACACAGGAAUUAAAAACUGUCACGACUACAGUGCAAGCCAAGGAUCAGAAUUAGAGGAAUAUCAAUGUUGAAUUUCAAUGCAUGCAUGUGAUAUUUAGUUAUGCACUAAAAUAGUAAUGUUAGUUAUACAUUAUUCAACUUUUUUUAAUGAAUUCAGUCCAACUAAAUUAAAUAAUAAAAUUUAAAAUAAUA